CAGAGCUCUCGACAGACAGAUGAACACAAGUGCACCCUGAAUCCAGUGAGCAAGCAAAGGUGUAAGAUAUUGAAAAAAAGAGAUGGUUUCCUGCCAUCGGUUGACCCUCGCGUCGCUCCAGCUGUGUUUGUUUUUGUUGGUGUCACUUACCGACAGCAGAAGUCUGAAAUGCUCACCGGGGAAAGUGUGCCCAGAUCGACCGCCUGUGGUUCUCAUUCCAGGAGAUCUUGGGAAUCAGCUUGAAGUGAAACUUGACAAACCUAGUGUAGUGCACUUCUUCUGCUGCAAGAAGACCAAGGACUACGUCCCAGUAUGGCUGAACCUGGAGUCACUGUUGCCAGGGUUCAUUGACUGCUGGAUUGAUAACAUGAGGCUACUGUACAAUCGUACAAGCCACCUCACUGAAGCUCCUCCGGGAGUAGAUGUCAGAGUGCCUGGGUUUGGACUGACCUAUAGUUUGGAACAUCUGGAUUCUUCUAUUCUGCCUAUGAUAAAAUACUUCUUCACUAUAGUACAAGCAUUGGUUGAAAUUGGUUAUACCAGAAAUGAUGAUGUUCGAGGUGCCCCCUAUGACUGGCGUAAAGCCCCAAAUGAGAAUAAGGAGUACUUCUUGCGUCUGAAGCAGAUGAUUGAGGAGAUGGCUAAUAAAGCUGGAGGUCCUGUAGUUCUCAUCGCACACAGUAUGGGGAACAUGUACACACUCUACUUCCUUCAAAAGCAGACACAGGCUUGGAAGGACCUGUACAUCAAGGCAUUUGUGUCUCUAGGGUCCCCAUGGGCUGGAGUGGCCAAAACUCUGAAAGCUAUGGCAACAGGCGAAAACGACCACAUUCCUUUCAUCGAACCACUAAAAAUCCGCACCCUGCAGCGUACGGCCGUCUCCACCGCCUGGCUCUUACCCUUUGCCCACACCUGGCCCAAAGACAUGGUCCUGGUUUCGACCUCCAACACCAGCUACACUGUCCAAGACUAUAAGCGCUUCUUCAAAGAUAUCGACUAUGAGGACGGCUGGGCCAUGAGGCAGGACACAGAAGCACUGGUCAAUGCACUUAAUCCUCCGGGUGUUACUGUCCACUGCCUUUAUGGCAGCGGUAUCCCCACACCUCAGGGCUAUAAUUACACAAACUUCUCAGACACAAAUCCUACCGUCAUCAACGGGGAUGGAGAUGGAACAGUCAACCUGUUGAGCGCGACACUGUGUAAACACUGGGAGAACAAUCAGAAGCAGCCGGUCUACACAGUCGAGCUGCCGGGGAUUCAACAUAUCUCUAUUCUGUCUAACGAAAAAACAGUUAAUUACAUCAAAAAUGUGCUGCUUCCACCGUGAUGGCAUCACACUUUCCCCGUUUAACUUUGAACUGAAGAUACAGGUUUGCCAAAGGGGCAGGACUCCUGUUUUUUUGGUGGGGUGGGUCAUGAAAUAGUCAGCUUUUGUUGGGCAAAAUUGUCUGUGUCAAUCACAUUUUUAACCCUUUAACCAAUUUUAUCUAUUGCUUUUUAAUGCAUUUUCUAACCAAAUUAUUCAUGCAUUGCAGUAUUUUUGUUGAUCCUGUCGAACAAGCAAGUGGCUAUUUAUCAGGCUGUCCAUGACCGGUAUUGAUUUAUGUAUAAGUUGUCUCAAAUGUAUAAUAUGAGACGUGACUGCUGGAUAUCUUAUCAUUGCUCAAUUAAUGGCGUCUUAACCUGUGUGACCGCAAUUGUGCCAGGACCCAGGAUGGGUUAACUAAUGUAACUCUUAUGCAAACUCUGCUCAGAUUUUGGAGCUUUUGUUUUUUACAUGUACUGACCUUUUGAAUAUGAUAAACAACGGUUUGUGAGGAAGGUUAUUUGUUGCCUUUAAAACUGGGGUUGUAUUAUUAUGUUCUGUCAUUAAACCAAAGACUGUAUUUAAGGUACAACUGUGGAAAGUAAAACUUAGAAUGUGGUGUUUUGCUCGUAAACGGUUGAUAGUAAAAAUUCAUUUUUCAGUGGAAUUCAAACCCUGGGCCUGGCUGUGUGUUGCUAACCAACAUUUGCUAAUUG